CUGGGGAGUAGGGGGAGACUGAGCGAAAAAGGAGGUGAGGUCAUGGUAUACUGAAAAGGCACUCGAACAAGAGAAAUCUGGUGGAAGCUUGAAACCAUCAAGUUAUUGAGGCCACACAAGGGACAAAAAAGACAGAGGAAAGAAAGUUUAUCAGCAUUUCUUCCUAAACCUGCCUUGGAAAUAAUAGUAGAUCUUAAUCAGGAGAUACAUGUUGCUAUGAGGACAGAUACAUCAAAAAUGACUGAUGUGGAGGCUGUGGAUACCAACUUUGCAUCUUCAGCAAGAGCAGGCCGCCGGAAUGCUGUACCAGACAUCCAAAGUUCUGCUGGUACAAGUGGAACCUCAGACUUACCCCCCAAACUGCAGGACCUCAGCAUGAAGGAAGGUGUAAAAGAGAAAGAGGAAGAAACAACGCAAGACCAAUCUGAAAGCUCCAAAAAGGAAGAAAAGAAAGGCUCAUAACCUAUCAAGUGCUGAAUUUCCACAAGUUGAAAGGCUUAGUGGUUCUGUUUUCCUGAGACGUUUGAUGUGGUAGAAACUGUGGUAACAUUGCAGCAACAUGGGUGUAUUAGAUAAUUUAGUAGUGACAUUACUCACUUGAAUUGCAACCAUGAUGUCCUUUGUAGGCUAUUAAAAGGCAGGUUACUUCCAAAUUGUGCCCAAGGAAAAGGUAAAGAAUGUAUGAUCACUUAAAUAUAUAUCAUUGUUUAUAAACCCCACAAAAUCCAGUUUUCUCUUUAGGAUUUAUUUUGGCAGAUGUAUCUUUAAUUCAAUUUUUAUGGCAAUGGGUAAACUACUUCUUGGGAAAUUUAAAUCAAGCACCAUUAAUUUAUAACUUUAUUCGAAUUUAUAAGAAAUUAUGAAUUCUGUGAGAAGAAAUAAUAGAAUAGUCAAAAAUCACAUGGAUAGAGUGUGUGUUUUUAAUCAAAUACCAACCAGAUUUUUUUUCCAAACCCCAAGAAGAUUUGGAAAAGUUGGAAAAGUUUAGACAAAUGAAAAUCUCUGGGUUGUAUUUCUUGUAAUUUUGCUUCCAAUCUGUGCGUACUUUGAUUUUUCAUGUAGACCUUUAAAAUGCAGCAUUUGUGCAAAUUGUUUAUAUGGAAUAUGCUUAUUAAAUGAAUUUUACUAUC